CUGCCUGCCUGCCUGCUUGCGGAGGCGCGAUGCCGGGCGCGGGUCCGUGCGAGGGCUGCCAGGGGGCGGCGCGGGCUUGCGUGCGGCGGCCCAAGACGGGCCAGGCGCUGUGCCGCUCCUGCUUCGCGGCGGCCUUCGAGGAGGAGGUGGCGUCCACCAUCGCGGCGGGGCGGCUCUUCCGGGCGGGCGAGACGGUGGCCAUCGGGGCCUCGGGCGGGAAGGACUCGGCGGUGCUGGCCCACGUGCUGCGGGCCCUGAACGAGCGGCGCGGCUACGGGCUGUGCCUGGUGCUGCUGGCGGUGGACGAGGGCAUCGCGGGCUACCGGGACGCCUCCCUAGCCGCCCUGCGCCGCAGCCAGCGCCGCCUCGGCCUCCCGCUCCGCGUGGUCUCCUACGCCGAGCUCUUCGGGUGGAGCAUGGACCGCAUCGCCCGGCACCUCGGCGCCCGCAACCACUGCACCUUCUGCGGCGUCUUCCGGAGGCAGGCCCUCGACCGCGGCGCCGCCCUCAUCGGCGCCCACAAGAUCGCCACCGGUCAUAACGCUGACGAUGUUGCGGAGACGGUGCUGAUGAAUUUCCUGCGAGGAGACGUGGGUCGGCUUCGACGCUGUACAGAGAUCAUGACGGGAAGCGAGGGGGCGCUGCCGCGUUGCAAGCCCUUGAAGCACGCUUACGAGAAGGAGAUUGUGCUCUAUGCAUAUUUCCAGGGCUUGGACUACUUCAGCACCGAGUGUGUUUACUCCCCCAAUGCUUACCGGGGCCAUGCCCGCACCUUGCUCAAAGACCUCGAGGCCACUCGUCCCAGCACCGUGGCUGACCUGGUGCACUCAGGUGAGCGGCUGGCCCUCCGCGAGGACGUCCGCAUGCCCACGCAGGGCACGUGCCAGCGUUGUGGCUACCUCUCCAGCCAAUCCCUCUGUAAAGCUUGUGUGCUGCUUGAAGGGCUCAAUCGAGGUCUCCCAAGGCUGGCCAUUGGGAAGCCCAAUCGGCUGCAGAAGGCUCUAUUGAUGGAUGGGGAGCAGCCAGAAGCAAGCGCACAGGAAGAAGAACAGGAAGGCUCUCAACAGAGAAGCCAAGGCCCAAGGACAAUAGAUUUCUGAGCCUGAACUCAACCACAGUGGCCUUUCUUGCUGAGAUAAGGCUUUCAUUACCUUGAAAGGUAAAUAGUUACCUGUUUCAUGUCUGUAUUGAUGAACUGUAGAUCAGAGACAGGGAAUCUGUCCUCCCAGCAGUUACUGGCCUGCAUCUUCUAUCAACGUCCACAUUGAUAGUGGUAAAGGAUUCUGUGAGUUACAGGCCAACAAUAACUGGAGGGACACAGUCUGCCCACCUAUAGUGCACCUUUGCACCUAAUUAGCAAUUUGUGAUUCUCCAAAUGUGGGCAAACUGCAGUUCCUAUCAUCCCUUUAGCUUUGGCUGCAGUCCUCAGGAUUGAUGACUGUUGCAGUCCAAUGACAUUUGGAGAGUGACAUGUUUCCAGCUCCUCAUCUACACAGAAUAAAUGGUUCUCUUAACUGACGAAGUUGGCAGAGAUACAACAGACCUGAGCACCUGUGUUGUCGAAUGGCUAUUCUCAGGUGGACUGGGGACAAUUUUCUGUUUCUGAAGAAAAUUAAAUAAUAAUAAAUCGGAAUUUUAAUCAUUAA